AUGUCUCCCACACUCGACUUGGUAUCAACACGCCGUGAGCGUCACCAAAAGUCUCUCACCGCCUUGCAACAUUACUUCGGUCUCGUCAGCAACAGGCCUCACCCUAAGGAUGUCCCAUAUAUUUCGGAGCCUCUUCUCUCGAAAACUCGCAAUUCCAAACGAAACUCACCUGAGAACAACGAACUACUCGAAUUCGUCGGAGACAGAUGCGUGAACCUUGUCGCAGCCUUGCUCGUCGACAAAGUACGGGUUAGCUGGAAACACCAUCUCGCCGUGCGCAGAGUUGUAUGCAAUAACGAUACAUUCGGCAGGCUGGCAUUCUGUCUUCACUUCGAACGCCACGCAAAAUUUGACGAUGAAGAUGCCCUUGAAGUCGACGCCUGGAACCCUCAAUCGAGUAAAAGAGCCCCUAAAGCUUUGGCCGAUCUCUUUGAAGCAUACGCUGGUGCCGUGUACAUGCAACAUGGUUGGAAGAGGGUUAUGCAUUGGUUGUCUCUCGUUUUCGAGCCGAUCAUCAAGGUCGCUACCCACGACUAUUGGUAUCACAAUUUACCGAACUACAUGUGCGGCGACCGUUUCUUCGGCGACAACCCCAUGACUCCUCGUCUACAAGACAAGUUUCUAGACUUUCUAGAGUACAAGCGCGAUUUCUUAGUCGAAAAGUGUUCGCCUGCGAUGGAAGCUUUAGCGUCUGAUACUCGGCUCGUCUUC